AUGGGUAUUUUCUUCGACUACAUCUUCUGGAUUCUUCUAGCCUACUGCGCAGUGAAUGCGCUCAUCUGGGUUGGUGAAAAGCUCGGCAUUAUCUCGCCACAGUUUGACGAGUGGAACCCGGUACGGUGGUUUCAUCAUGAUGCGCACGGGCUGCAGAAGGAGCUUUAUAAGAAUGCUACUGCAAGUGCCGUUACCGCCGAGCAGUUCUCCAACCUGAAGAAAUGGAUCGAAGGCGGCCCGGGCGGCUGGGUCAGCAGCAAACUCAUUGUCAACGACUACCUCAGCGAGAAGGGUCGGUACGAUCGGCGUUUGGAGGUUACCGAGGCUGUGGCGAAGGACGAGGUUUUGGUCAAGCUACCUUUAUCACACGUGCUGUCUGCAGACUUCUGCCAGCAAGACCUGACGGACCAGACGAUUCGUCAGGUGGUGGAUGCGCAGAAACGGAGCUCCGAGCCAGUGGACAUUGCACCCUGGACUUGGAUCACCCUCUACACCCUGGCCCAUGCCAAGAAGGAUGCGUCAGCGCCCCCUUCCACAGGAUGGCGCUUUGACACCCUCCUGAAGCAGGAGUACGUGGACGCUGCGCUGUCUUACUUGCCAUUGUUUUGGGAUGAUGCAAGUUUACACUGGCUGAAUGGGACCGACCUGCUGAACGUCCACGUCUUGGACGUGCACGCAGCGAUCGAGACAGAGUACCACAAACUCAGCUACCUGGUGUCCAGCAUCGAGUCCUCGAUCAGCGUAGUGGAGUUCAAGAAGUGGGCCAUGGUGGUCAUGUCCCGAGGGGAGACCGUCAGCCUUCCUGAUCGUGACAACAAGAGUCAAACGACUCCGCAGCUGGCAAUCAUGCCUCUCAUUGAUUUGGUGGAUCACCAUCUGCCAAUGCCAGAGGAAGCCUUGCACUCCUACGACGACCUGACCAAGUUCCAGGAGAGAGGGUCACGAACAAAUAUUUCGUACGAUGCCGACUCUGCGGCAGUAACUCUGAAGGCCAAGGAGGAACUGCCAGCCAACUCGGCGGUGACUGUGGGCUAUGGUGUCCGGUCCAAUGCAGACUACUUGCUUUACCACGGCUUCACCAUGCCUCAGCGGUGGAGCGACGUAACGCUUUGUGCCCAGUACACCAUGAUCGAGCUGCCCCUCCCGACGGAUUUCCCAACCUGGAAAUCCAGGUAUCUGCCUCAUUCAUACCGAUUUGCCUUGCCUGCUUGUCCAAGCCGCAAGUCCACACCUCAUGUUGCCAUUGGAGCGGCCAGAUUCCUUGUGGCGACAGAGGAAGAUGUCGUCAGCUUUGAAGAUAGACUGGCGCAGGAUCCGUCUCUGCUCGACGGCGCCCACGUGAAUCGAGGGGACAAAUUCCUGCAUCACGCUGCCCAGGAGGCCGUGGCUGUAGUUUGCGACGUGAAAGUCCAGCCUCCACUCUGUAGAGUUCCUCUGUCCGCGUCUAGCGAGCGUGCAGCCUGGGAGUUCGUCAAGAAGCAGACCUUGGCCCGCGUUGCGCAGCAUGUGGGGACCAUCUCUGAGGACGACCGGCUCCUGGCCGAAGAUGACCGUAAGAACAGCUUCAGCAUCAACCAGCGACAUGCCACCAUAGUGCGGAGGGAGGAGAGGAUGGUGCUGCGGAGUUGGUGCAACGUCGUGGUUAGAAUGGUUGCCUUCUUGAACACGCCCCAAGCAGAGGAGUCGAUGGCAACCAUCAAGCUGCCUGAGGACCAGGUUCUCGAGAACGACGAGCCGCGCCAGCGACCACGGUACUGGGUGCCGACCUCAGCAGCAUGUACAUCCUCCUCACGAUGUGGCCAGUGGCUUAACCCGCCACAGGAAACUCCAAUCCCAAGCGCCCAAGCCCCAAGCCUGGAAUCCAAAGAUACGCUUGUGGCAUAA